CCGGAGCCGGGCGCCAUCUUUGACGCUGGCAGUCGGGGUUCCUGCUGGUGGUGUUGCUGUGAGGACGGCGGGCGGCAGCGGCUAAGAAAGGAGAAGGACGUGACAGCGAGCCGGAGUCGGAGAUAGUGUCGUCGGUCCGAUUUGGGGAUAUUCCCUGCCCAAAAAUUUCCUGGAAAAUUGACUAGUAUUAAGUGUGAGUAAAAGGUGUCCACUUUUUUUUAAGUUUUGAUUUUAGUUUUGUCUUGGAUAGUAUUUGGCAAGAUUUAGCCUAGAAAUUAUGUAGUAUUUAUUACGUGAGAAUCAAAUUGCUUUGUUACUGGGCUGGUUUCAAAAUUUAGAACUCAUUUCUAUGUAUCAAAAUCGUUUUUUGUUUUUGUUUUUUGUUUUUUUUGAAUUUCUUAAAUGGUAAAUGUACCAUUGUGAAAUGAAAUUGCAACUCCAAAAGUUUACCCUUUUACUAACUGGAGUAAAUAGAUAAUUACAAAGUCUUUAGUUGUAGCCAUCACUAGUAAAGAAUUUGAAGCCAGGCUGCAUAAGCAAGCCUUUGCAGGGUCAAUAUUGAAUGUCAUGCCAGUGACACUGGUGUUUCUAUAAAAGAAGAAAAAGUCUUCCCUUAUAUAGAAGCCUUCUGUACUUUGACAGUGCCAGUUCAGGAUGGCUAUUAUGCUGCUCUGCCUUCUACAGCUUGCUGCACCACUCUGUAGUUACUCUGUAACUAUACGUUUCUAUCUUUUCUGGUUAAACACUCCCUGAAGAUGAUAAAGAUGAGGAUGAUGAUGUGCAUACGUCCAGAUUAUACACAUUGAUAUAUGUGUAAGGAUUUCCCUUCAUCUCAAUUUUGCGGGCUGGGCAAAAUUCAGUGUGACAUAUUAACGUACUUCAUGAUACUUUGGUAUAAGAGUAAGUUCACUAUUUUUAUAAUGAACCCAAAUUUAAAGGCAUUUGUAGUGCAUUUUAAAAGGGAAAACUUACCCAAAUGUUUUAUUUCUACACAUUUGUGUAUAUGUUUGUGUGUGUAUAAGCCAGUUAGUAUAUAUGUAUAUGUAUAUUACAUACAUAAAACACUUUAUGUUUUUACAUACAAGUAUGCUUUUAUUAUACAGAUAAUAAAGAUGGGGGAAGGUUUCUGUUUUUUUCUUAAUAGGUGAAGAAAUCUUGAAGACCAGAAAUUGGAUCUUACUGAAUUUUGGUGUUCUUUUUAUUUUUUUUUUCUUUUUUCUUUUGAAAUUAUAUUGUUCAGCUAUGGAAGAUGGAUUUUUUUUUUAAAUAAUCCUUUGAAUCUCAAGUUCAUCUUUAAAUGAACUCUUUUUGUUUUUGUUUUUGUUUUUGUUUUUGAGGAGAUAACUGAGUCUAGCUGUCUCCAGUCUGGCAAAGGUUAUUCGAAUGGACUUAAUCUCUCAGUAGUUGGGAGAUGUUUUAAAAACACGUCCUGUGUUUGAAUUGUGGCUGAGAGGUUUCCUUGGCAAUGUGAGGAGGAAAGUUCUUUUGGCCUCAUUAUUAUUAAUUCAUGGAUUGAGUGUUGGUUCGACCUACAGGCGUAAUAGAUUGGAACUCAGUGAAGACACAGAUGUUCCUGUUGAGAGCAACCAUCUCAUGAUUACACUUGAAAGACGAUUUCUGUGAUUGAGUUGUCAUUUGGAAGAUUAAACUCAUUUCAAGAGGACUUGGAGCUUGUCCUCGCCUUGAGGAAGCAGUGGCUUGUUUUCAAGAAGCCACUUCUGUUCUAAGGAUCUACCCAGCAUGUCUAAUCAAGGAGAAGACUGCUAUUUUUUUUUCUAUUCUACAUGUACCAAAGGUGACAGCUGUCCAUUUCGGCACUGUGAAGCUGCACUAGGAAAUGAAACUGUUUGCACAUUAUGGCAAGAAGGGCGCUGUUUUCGACAGGUGUGCAGGUUUCGGCACAUGGAGAUUGAUAAAAAACGAAGUGAAAUUCCGUGUUAUUGGGAAAAUCAGCCAAUGGGAUGUCAAAAACUAAACUGCGCUUUCCAUCACAACAGAGGACGUUAUGUUGAUGGCCUCUUCCUACCUCCAAGCAAAACUCUGCUGCCCACUGUGCCUGAGUCACCAGAAGAGGAAGUGAAGGCUGGCCAGCUCACAGUUCAACAGAACAAAUUGUCUGUCCAGUCUAAUCCCUCCCCUCAGCUGCGAAGUGUCAUGAAAGCAGAAAGUUCAGAAAAUGUUCCUAGCCCCACACAUCCUCCAGUUGUAAUCAAUGCUGCAGAUGAUGAUGAAGAUGAUGAUGAUCAGUUUUCUGAGGAAGGUGAUGAAACCAAAACACCUACCCUGCAACCAACUCCUGAAGUUCAUAAUGGAUUACGAGUGGCUUCUGCCCGCAAACCUGGGGUCAAUUUAAAACAAGGUGAAUGUUUGAACUUUGGAAUAAAAACUCUUGAGGAAAUUAAGUCAAAGAAAAUGAAGGAAAAAGCCAAGAAACAAGUUGGUGAAGGUUCUUCGGGAGCUUCCAGUCUUGUACUCCAACCUCAGCCCAUUCCAGGUCCUGAAAAAGAGAAUGUCCGGACUGUGGUGAGGACGGUAACUCUGUCCAACAAGCAAGGAGAAGAACCCUUGGUAAGACUGAAUCUGUCUGAGAGACUGGGAAAACGAAAAUUUUCAGUAGGUGGUGACAGCGAUCCUCCAUUAAAGCACAGCCUCGCACAGAGGCUGGGGAAGAAAGUUGAAGCUCCAGGAACAAACGCUGACAAAACACCAAAGAAAGUUCAAGUUUCCAAGUCUCUGAAGGAGCGAUUAGGCAUGGCAGCUAGUCCAAACAAUGAGGAGGCAGCAGAGAGAGUUACUAAAGUUGGUGAGAUCCACGUGAAGACAUUAGAAGAAAUUCUUCUUGAAAGAGCCAGUCAAAAACGUGGAGAAUUGCAAACUAAACUCAAGACAGAAGGACCAUCAAAAGUUGACGACUCUACUUCAGCAACAAGAAGCUCCUCCACUAUCCGCAUCAAAACCUUCUCUGAGGUCCUGGCUGAAAAGAAACAUCGGCAGCAGGAAGCAGAGAGACAAAACAACAAAAAGGAUGUAACCUGCAUCAAGCUAAAGACUGAUAGUGACAUGAAAAAACCAGUGGUUUUGCCACCCAUCGUUGCCGGCAAAGGACAGUCAGAGGAGCCUGCGGGCAGAUCAAAGUCUAUACAGGAGGUGCACAUCAAGACGCUGGAGGAGAUUAAAUUGGAGAAGGCGCUGAGGGUGCAGCAGCGCUCUGAGAGCAGCGCCAGCUCCCAGCCUCAGCCUGAGGCCACCCCGGGGGCCCGACGGCUUCUCCGGAUCACCAAAAAAACAGGUGUAAAAGAAGAGAAGAAACUUCAGGAAGGCAGUGAGGUUGCUCCUCAGAGCAGUGUCACUAGAGAGGCUUCAGAUGAGACCACAGGAGUUGGCAUCACUAAAAUUCAAGUGAAGAGAUGUGAGACCGUGAGAGACAAGCAUAUGCAGAGACAGCCAGAGAGGGGAGCCUCACAGAAGGAGAAAUCAGUUUUGACCCCCCUCUGGGGAGAUGUAGAUGCUUGCAAUACCCAGACAGCAGAGAAAUCAGCGCUCACUUCUGUGCCAGGCAUCACACGGCACCUGACAAAGCGGCUUCCCACAAAGCCAUCCCAGAAGGUGGAAGUGGAAACCUCAGGGAUUGGAGACUCAGUACUGAAUGUGAAAUGUGCAGCACAGACUUCGGAAAAAAGGGGUAAAGCUAAACCCAAAGUGAAUGUGAAGCCAUCUGUGGUUAAAGUUGUCUCAUCUCCCAAACUGGCCCCAAAGCGCAAGGCAGUAGAAGUCCACCCUGCUGUCAUUGCAGCUGUGAAGCCCCUCAGCUCCAGCGGUGUCCUGCAGGAGAGCCCGGCCAGAAGAGCAGCUGUGGCUGUUGUCCCACUGCUCUCCGAGGACAAAUCAGUCACUGUGCCCGAGACAGAAAAACCUAGAGACAGUUUUGUGCUGCCUCCGACACAGUCCUCUUCAGACCCCUCCCCACCAGACGGAUCUGGCCCCUCCUCAUCCCAAGUGGCCACGAAAACGCGCCGACUCAGUUCUGCCUCAACAGGAAAACCCUCACUCUCUGUGGAAGAUGAUUUUGAGAAACUAAUAUGGGAGAUUUCAGGGGGCAAAUUAGAAGCUGAGAUCGACCUGGAUCCUGGGAAGGAUGAAGACGACCUUCUGCUUGAGCUGUCGGAAAUGAUUGAUAGCUGAAAGUGGUGGCGGUAGAACAUUGCAGACAAACGAAAACAAAAACAAAAACUCGCCAAAAAGCUGGACUCAGUUUCAUCUAUUAUAAUAUUUACCCAAGAUGAUCAUUUCUUUAGUCUAGAAUUUGCCCCAGAUCAGAAGUAUACCUCUGAAUUAUCUGUAUGUGUCCUGGAUUUCUUGGGGUCAGAUUUUUAAAGUCCCUUGAUAAGCAUUUUGUCCAUUUGAUGCCAUUGUUUAGCAUCUUUGAGAAAGAAGUUAUGUCUUACCCCUCUCUCCACAGAACGAGUGAGAGGGAGAGCCAAGCGAAAGGGUGCCAGAGAACUCAGUGACGCCUUGAGGUGUUUGUCAGUUUGGUUUUUUUCCCCCCUUUGUUGUAUUAUUCCUUUUAUGUAUUGUCUUAAUGUACUUAAUAUUACCUGAGUUUGAAAAGGAUGAAGACAGCUGCUACCAUUAAGGACCAAAUUUCACGCUACCACUAAACAACAACAAAUGCACUCAGUCUGUGUAAAAUUGUAUGUGUUUUUAAAGGUAUUUGGAGAUUCAACUAAGCUUUAGAGAGGCCUGAGCAGCUCAGGAAGCCUGUAAUCUGGACGUAAUUUUUUGGACGUGACUUUCAAGCUUCUGCUGCCCUGUAAGCCUCUGAAGAGCAAUAGCUAAUUUAUUAUUACUGUAAUUUUUUAAGGCUUUAAAGUGCCUCAGGGGUCCUCUGAAACUAAUUGUCUAUUUCUGGGAUUCCCUGGAUUCUUAAUAAGAGAUGGUGACAUAAUGAUUAGAGGAAUUCUUUUUUAGCAUGAAAGUUGUCCCGUCUCUUCUUCAGUACUUGCCUCCUUUAUCACAGGGAUAAGAAUUGGUUAAUUUUUUAUUUUUAACUCUCCCUGCGAACUCUUCUUGCCCAGUAUUUAUUUGAUGCCCUUUAACCACCUGAGGGGAAAAUGAACUUACUCAAGCUGCCGCUGUUUGACUGUGGGCUGUGGCAGUGCACUGAGGCGCACUGCAGCGGGGUUGUUGAGGCGCUCUGGGGUGUAUUGUAUGCCUGCCAGUUUUCUUCGUUUCUGAAUUGAAUUUUCUUUUCUUGAUGUUAGUCUCCUUCAUAUCACCUCAAGGUUUAGACUUGUGAAGGGACAAGUAUGAUGGAGGUAAUAGUCUUGAAAGGAGACGUAUUGUACAUAGCCGGAAGGAAGAGGAAAGGAGGACUUUUCCAUUUUGGUAUUUUGCUUUAGGUGGCCAGUUUUGUUUCUCCUAGGGAAAUCGGACCCACCUGUCAUGUUGGCUCCUAAGGAACUGCUGUUGUGAGCGGCUCUUCAAGAGUUGAACUUCAUGUGGCCUUGUCGGGAAUAUGGAAAAGGAAGAAAGCCACAGGACUGCCCAUUCAGUCUUGGGAAGAUCUGGAUGAUUCUGCACAAACAAAAAUGACUUGAAAUUUGUGUAUAGACACCUCUCUACCAAUCCAUCUUCAGCUGACUGAAUGUUGUAUAAUAGCCCUUCUCCAAAGCAGGGGUGGAAUGUUCUGGUUUCACCACAGAUUUUUCUACUUAUUUCAUUUUUGGAAUCGGCUUAUAGAUUCCAGAUCCCUUUUGUAUAUAACCUUUAUUCUUUCGCUUUUUUAAAAAUAAUUUUGUUUCAUAUUUAAAGCCCUUGUAUUAGUCAAUGAUUCAUGUUCAGCAUUAUUUGAACCGUUUGCCAUUACAGAAAGAAAGACUUAUUUGUGUUUUAAAUAAAACUGGUGUAGGAAAGUCUUGA